AUGGUAAAGGCCCUCGAGGGUCUGACGCUGCAGCAGCUGCGGCAGCUGCAGCGUGAGUCUCUCUCUUCUUCAGAGAGCGAUUAUAUUUCUACAACAGCAGCGCAGCAGCAGCAGCAGCAGCAGCAGCAGCAGCAGCAGCGGUUUCCUAAGGGGAGCAUCACGAAGCCAGCAUUAGAUAAAAGGAGUAAAGCUGAGCAGAAAGCAAAGCAAAAGAAACAACAUAAAACAAAAGCCCCCAAAGAAAACAGCUGCAGAAAAAGAACUCGGCCUCUAGGUGCUGUUGUGCUGCCUGAUGGAGAGACAGCAGGGCCUCUGCUGCUAAAAGCAGCAGCAGCAGCAGCAGCAGCAGGAACAGCAGCAGCAACAUCGGCACCCGCAGCAUCAGCAGCAGCAUCAGCAUCAGCAGCAGGAGGAAGUCCUGCUGCUGCUGCUGCUGCUGCUGCUGCUGCUGAUGAAUUGCAGGCAUACCGAUCUGCUGUUGCAGCAAAUCAGUUAAAAAGACUACGAGGAGGCCUAAGAGCACGCAGCAGCAGCAGCAGCAGCAGAGACCCUCGCUUCUCGGAGUUAUGCGGCUCAUUUAAUGCUGCUGCAUGCGCUGAAGCUUAUUCUUUCAUUGAGCAGCAGCAGCAGCAGCUAAUGCAGCAACUGCAGCAAGUAGUUAAGACAGGAAGAAUCCCCCAAAGCAGCAGCAGCAGCAGGAGCAGCAAGAAGGGCCCUAAGGCAACAGCAGCAGAAAGAGAGAGAGCAAAGCAGCAGCUGCAGCGGCUGCAGUCGCAGCAGCAGCAGAGAGAGAGAAAAGCAGCAGCAGCAGCACUUCGUGCUGCUGUAAGCAAAGCAGAGAGAGACAAAAUAGCAGCAAGCGGGAAGAAGCCGCAUUAUAUAACAAAGAGGAGGCUGAAGGAGCUGCUGCAGCAGCAGCAGCAGCAGCAGCAAUCAAAGAAGAAGCAGCAAAAGACAGAGAUUAAAAAAAGAGUAAAAUUAUUAGCCAAAGAGAAGCGAAAAAAUUUGCUUCCGCGAAGAAGAACUGCAGCAGAAGAGACAGAUUAA